AUGAUUUUAAAAGAGGAAAAGGACCCCCUUUCUUUCGACGACGACGACGACGAAGACAAAGACAAAGCGCCGUCGCCGUUACCAGCGGUGAUAAGCAGUUACCCGGAGGAAGACCCGAACGAUUCGGACUUGUACGAGAUCGAAGGCUACCCGGUCGACGCGGAACCGAUUUCUUUGGAUUUUUGCGAGAAGUUGCUCCUCGUUGGCCGUUACCGACAGAGCGGCGUGAUGGCGUAUACGAUUUAUAAAACGCAUCAAAAAGGGGAAUACGUGUCCGCGUUUCCAGAACGAGAGAAAGGAAGAAACGUGAAUGUCGUCAGCAUGGCAGUUUGGAUCCAGUGUAAGUUCAAAACGACCGGAUUGACGACGAUAGAGGAGGAUUUAAGGGUGUUGUGUGAGGAUGGAUUUUUAGAGGCGAAACGAGGAGGACGAAGACGAUUCGGACGACGACGGGAGGAGGAGGAGGAGGAGGAAGAAAAAGAAGAGGAAGAAGAAGAAGCGCGAAAAAGAGAAAGAGCGGCGCACGACGAAGUCGGGAUCGAGUUUAACAACGAGAGCGAGCGGAUGGUUCUGGACAAAUGUCCGAGAGUUUUACGAUUGCUUUGGGCGAAAUUGAAGUGGGAGGAAGACGCGGACGCGCCGCCGGAUUUGACUUUGGCCGAGCAAAGUGAGCGGAGAAGGAAGGAAUAUCUCGACGCUGGCGAUUUGGAAACGAGGAGGAGGAACAGAGGAGAAGAACAAGUGAAAGAGGUGGAGAGAGUUUUGUUGAAGUACGUGUUGAGUUACGACGAGGAAGGGAGGAAGGUUGACUUCGACGAGGAUGAUGAUGAUGAAGAAGAAGAAGAUAAAGAAGAAGAAGAAAACGUGGACGUCUGCGGCGGCGAAAGAGAGAGUAAAAAAGUGCCCGUCACGGAUCAAGCGUCGUGGCUGUACGCGGUGGAAAUUCUCGCCAGAGAAAGGAGUGCGCCCGAAUACGCUCAGGAGUGGAUAGAGAAACGGUACGAGCGUGGUGGUUGCAGUCGAGAGGCGUACGAGUGCAUAUCGAGGGACAUCGGGGACGUGAUCGAGCCGAAGAUUGUCAAUGUGCGGGUAUCAUAUAACGGAGGGAACGUGAAGACAGAGCAGAUUGUGACGAGGAAAAGCGAUGGGAAAAAGAUUAUGCGACGGGUGCAGACAGAUAAGAAGCCAACGCCGAAAGAUGUGUAUUAUCUUCACGAGGAAGAGGAGAGGAAGAAGAAAAAGGAGAAAAAGACGACGGGAAACAAAGUAACGGCGAAACAAGAACCAUCAAUGCAAACGCGCUCGAAACCAUCGCGCCUGACCACCCCACCGUCGUCCUCGUUUUACGAAAUGAUUAAAGCGGAAGUGAACUACAGUUCGGCAGGACUUCCUAUCAAAAUAGCAUCCGGCGUUGCCAUCCUUGGCGUGGGAUACUCGAUUCUUACCGAAACGUAUCGUCUUUUUCGCAGAGUAGGAGGAAAGAGAUAA